AUGGAUAAUGAUGAUUGUGGUCUAUUUUCCAUUGUGCAUAGCUGCAAAGCUAAUGCCUAUACUUCUCCUACCACCAUUCUUGAAACUCUUCCUCCACCUAAAAUCUUAAUAACCACCUCCACCACUCCCAAUAACAUCAUAGCUCCUAAAAACGCCACACCAUCUUACUUUGAUGAUUUUUCUUUAACCCAAGAAAAUAGAUUAGUCAGUUUUUCCCCACUUAAACCAAAUGAUUUUAUAGAACUAGACAAAUUAAAAAUCAAUUUCAAUCCCACCACUAUUAUCCCCGCCCACACCACAACUAUCCCUAAUAUCAUCACCCCCACCACUACUACCCUAGCUACCCCGACCACCAUUACUACAACCAGCAUCCAUGUCCCUACCCACAUAAGCACCACUACCAUCACUCGUAGAAUUAAUCAUGACUCCAAUCAAAUUUCAAAUUUGUUUGAUUUCCCAACACUCAUUAGAGAACAACAAAUGCAACAAAUCGAUAUUACUGGACCGGAAAAAACAAAGUCUAACUUCAAUCCAACCACCAUUAUCCAUAUCCCUUCCAUCAAUAACCUUACCACCAAUAUUCCCACACCCAUUAGUUCCACCUUCACUAACCCCAACCUUUCAACAAACAUUUUUACCCCAAAUGCCACAACCAUUGCACCUUCCAUCACUACCAUGAUUAACACUAACACUAGUUGUCAUGGAACCAAUAACUAUCAUGAGAUAUAUAACUUCCCAAAUCUCUUUGAACAACAACAUAUCCAUCGAAAUCAAAACAAUCAACUUUCUGCUCUCAAGUCUGUCGAUUGUAUUGGAAUCACAACAGCUCAUUUUGAUCUUGCAUAUAAUCAUCCAUCAAUUUCAAAGAAAUAUGCAAAAGAGAGCAAUCAACUACCUAUUAUACAACCCCAUACUGGUUCUCAAAUUUUAUCAUAUACAGACCCACAAGGAGAACUAUCCAAAAAAAGGAAAAAAGUGUUCAACAAUCAAAAGAUAGUAGAAUGGCAUAUGAGUAUAGAGAAGUUAAGUGAAGAUCCAUGGAAAUGGAGAAAGUAUGGAAAAAAACCUAUUAAAGGAUCUCAACAUCCAAGGUUGAUAGUAAGUACAACAACCCUUGAUAAAGUCAGUUUGGUAAAACUAAAAAAAAAUCGGACUACUACAGAUGUAACACUUUCAUAA